CCCAAUAAUUAUAUGAAGAUCGCAUUUCAUCGAACAUGUUCCAGGCAACACUCACUGGACAUACCAGCAUUGGAGAUUCACGUCACUCUCUUAUCAGUCACCGAGAGCGGCUGAUGGGUGAGUAAAAUGUGAACCCAAUAUGUUCAAUUCGCUGCCUAGAACGAUUCCGCGGCCAUACCUACUCACACGCCACCACCUCACCACCGCUCCGCCACCACCACAAGACACCGCCUUGGCCAACCUCAUUCUUACCUCCACCAACCACCGAACCCUUGCACAGGCUCUCCAUUCCCCUUCCAUUCAAUGGACACAAGCUCUUGUCAACAGCAUCCUCAAGCGCCUAUGGAACCACGGACCCAAGGCCCUUCAAUUCUUCAAAGUUCUCGACCACCACCCUUCCUACUGCCACCAUCCCUCCUCCUACGAUCACGCCAUCGACAUCUCUGCCCGCCUCCGCGACUUCCGGUCUGCCUGGGCUCUCCUCGUCCGGAUGCGAUCGCGCCGUCUCGGACCAUCUCCAAGGACCUUUGCAGUCCUCGCCGAAAGGUAUGUUUCUGCUGGGAAACCCGAUAGGGCAGUUAAGCUGUUCUUGUCUAUGCACAAUUACGGCUGCUUACAGGAUUUAAAUUCAUUCAAUACGAUCCUUGAUGUGUUGUGUAAGUCCAAACGGGUUGAGAUGGCGCAUAAUUUUUUCAGGACUUUGAGGGGAAGGUUUAAGGCUGACUGUGUUAGUUAUAAUAUCAUUGCAAAUGGGUGGUGUUUGAUCAAGCGAACGCCAAAGGCGUUGGAGGUGUUAAAGGAGAUGGUGCAGAGGGGAUUGAGCCCAAACUUGACCACUUAUAAUAUAAUGCUUAAAGGAUAUCUUAGAGCUGGUCAGACAAAGGAAGCUUGGGAUUUCCUUUUGGAGAUGAAGAGGAGAAAGUGUGAGAUUGAUGUUGUUACUUAUACUACUAUGGUUCACGGCUUUGGUGUUGUGGGUGAGAUCAAGAAAGCUAGAAAGAUUUUUGAUGAAAUGACGAUGGAAGGGGUUCUUCCUUCUGUUGCAACCUUUAAUGCUUUGAUUCAGGUGCUGUGCAAGAAAGAUAGUGUGGAAAAUGCUCUACUGGUCUUUGAGGAUAUGGUCAAGAAAGGAUAUGUUCCCAAUACAAUUACUUACAAUCUGUUGAUCAGAGGGUUGUGUCACACAGGUGAGAUGCAGAGAGCGAUGGAGUUUAUGGGAAGAAUGAAGGAAGAUGAGUGUGAGCCAAAUGUUCAGACAUACAAUCUUGUAAUCCGAUACUCUUGUGAUGCUGGAGAUAUAGAGAGGGGUUUGGAUGUUUUUGAAAAAAUGGAUAGUGGAAAUUGCUUGCCCAAUUUGGAUACAUUUAAUAUUUUGAUAGGUGCAAUGUUUGUAAGGAAGAAGUCAGAUGAUUUAUUGAUGGCAGGGAAGUUGUUGAUUAAGAUGGUUGAUAGAGGAUUUCUACCGCGAAAGUUUACUUUCAAUCAGGUUUUAAAUGGGCUGUUGCUAACAGGGAAUCAAGGUUUUGCAAAAGAGAUCCUGAGAUUGCAGAGCAGAUGGGGUCAUCUUCCUCGUCAGUUCAAAUUGUGAAGUGUUAUUGGCAUUCAGACUUUGUAUAAAAUUACCCUCAUUUCAGUUCAUAUAUGUGGAACCUGUAACUGCUUCAACAGUAUACCUCACCCUGAAGCUAGGAUGUGUAAUCUUGCUUUGAAGAUUUUCUCAAACAGUUACUGUGCAAGUAUUUUAGCUCUUA